UAAACAAAUGAGUGAAAUUAGAGCGGCCUAAGGAACCUGAGUCAAAACUGGCACAGAUGCCAGUCUUUUUUCCCCUUUAAAGUUCAGUGUUACCACAGAGGCGGUCUGCCUCAUCAUCCUCUGCCUGCUUAUUAUCUAUCAGACUCCAUAUAAUGAGGCAUCAGAAGAAAGGCGCAACCAUGUACUUACUGCUAGUGUUUGUACUACAGACCCUGUGGGUGAGUUGGUGUCACGCCACACAGCAUUACCCGGCCUCAUGGGGGCACUAUGAUGUCUGUAAGUCCCAGGUUUAUGCAGAAGACCGCCUGGCCUGGCACUACAUGGCCUGCCAGCCUGAGGCCACUGAUAUGACCAAAUACCUGACUGUGUCUCUGGACCCACCCAACAUUACCUGCGGAGACCCACCUGAGAUGUACUGUGCCCUGGAAAACCCAUAUAUGUGUAAUAACGAAUGCGACGCUGAUACCGAAGAGCUGGCCCACCCGCCCGAGCUCAUGUUUGACUCUGAAGGACGAAACCCAACCACGUUCUGGCAGUCGACCUCCUGGAAGAAAUACCCCAAGCCCCUUCAGGUCAACAUCACGCUGUCCUGGAACAAAACAAUAGAACUCACAGAUGACAUUGUCCUCACCUUUGAGUCUGGCCGACCCGAGCAGUUGGUCUUGGAGAAGUCCCUGGAUUACGGUCAUACGUGGCAGCCGUAUCAGUUUUACGCAUCGGACUGUUUGGAUGCCUUUACUAUGGAGCCAAAAGCAGUACAUCAGCUGAACCCAAGCACGAUGCUAGAGAUCAUCUGCACAGAGGCCUAUUCCACGGGCUACGUGUGGAAGUACGAUAAGACUGUGCGCUUCGAGAUCAAAGACCGCUUCGCCCUUCUUGCCGGCCCGAGACUGCACAACAUGGCUUCUCUGUAUGGGCAGCUGGACACCACCAAGAACCUAAGGGAUUUCUUCACCCUCACUGACCUUCGAAUAAGACUUCUACGGCCUGCCACCGGAGCCACAAUGGUGGACGAGAACAACCUUUCUAGAUACUUCUAUGCCAUCUCAGACAUUAAAGUGCAGGGCAGGUGCAAGUGCAAUCUGCAUGCCAACAGCUGUGUUUUUGACAAAGGGAAGCUGGGGUGCGAGUGCGAGCACAACACUACGGGGCCGGAUUGCGCACGCUGCAAGAGACACUACCAGGGCCGAGCCUGGAGCAUGGGCUCCUAUCUGCCCAUCCCCAAGGGUACUGCCAAUAUCUGUAUCCUGAAUAAUCUUGGCACCUCUGUUCGACCAAAUGCUUCUUCUCUUGGAGCAGCAAACCGAAAUCAAGCUCGAGUGUGUGACAACGUGCUCCUGCGCUGUCAGAACGGUGGCAUGUGUCACCACCACCAGCGCUGCCAGUGUCUGGCCGGUUUCGGAGGCAUACUGUGUGAGAAGGCCCAGUGCCAGGGUGACUCUUGUGAGGAUCUGCAAUCCAGCCAGCCGUCCCUCCACCCCCCGCCCGCGGCCCAGACUCUCCCACUGGCUCUUCUAUCUCUCAUCCCCUCCCUGCUGGCCACCCGGGGCCUUACAUCACUCUGAGGGGAACCCUUUCGCCCCAAAGACAUUCUCCACGGGGGCUCCAAUCAUGACUUCCUGUUAGAGGACACAUGACGACUGAAAAUAAAUACUGGUGGGGAAAAAAAAAACGAAACAUCUUUUUAGGAAACCGUAAAGUUUUCUACUCAGUACUAUGUCAAUUAAAGUUUGCCAGAGAUGAUGGAUAAACUGAAAAACUAGAAACUGCAAGAGGAAAUUUACAACAAAAAAACCAACAAAAAAAAGCUGACACUAAUGACUGUUUUUGUUGAAAGAGCGCAGAAAUACUGCAAUACAAUUUUUUUGGAGACAAAUCAUCAAUGUGAAGAUGAAUCAAGAUGUACUCGUAGACUGCCACCUGAAUUUACGCACACACCAACACGACUGGUUGUCAAACUUCUCACAUUUUACCUUUCCC